AUGGGCGCGGUGUGCACGUCAGACGGGGACUCCGGCGGGGGUCUGGGCGGCUUGCGUCACGCAACAGAGGGGCAACACCACCAACAAGUCAAGAAGCGUUUGGAAAUCCGCAAGCGGCGAGCGGGCCUACAAAAAAAAAACGGGCAGUCGUUGCAUUUUGUCUGGGCGCAGAGCCGUGAGUCACUUCCCGGAGCCUUCGUGCUCGCAGAAAAGGAGUUCUUGCAGCACCGAUGGGUGACUAGCGGGCGAUGUAGGCGCCCUCUUCUUCCUCCCGGACCUCUUUCCGGCACACCCGCCCCACUGCAGCAGGGGAAGUCCACACGCCAUGCCGGAACGCUGACCUGUAGCGGAGGUCGCGCUGUCCCCGCCUUCGCUUCCGCUACCCCGUUGUGUGGAAUCCCGCAGCGCGAUGAAGAAAAUAUAAAAUCAAGAGAGUGGCCCCACCUCGCCUGCGAGGGCAACAUGAUCCAGACACCCCUCGGUGCCACUCCGCAUGCGCCACCAGAGGGCUGA